UUUGUGAAUUUAGAUGCAAACAGAGAUGAUUGCAGCAAUGAACAAGUGAAACAGAAACUGAUCAGUGUCUCUCCAAAUCUCCCUAAACUCAUCAGUUCUAUGAAUGUACAACCACCAAAGGAAAAUGAAAUAGUCCUACUGAGCGGAUUAACAUCAGGAAAUCUUCAGGCUGAUUAUGAAGUUCCCCAGUGUCCUUGGCAAGCAGACGUCUGCUUGGUUCAGUGUGCGAGGGGAGACAGGAAGAACAGUGCAAGCUGCAUCAUCUUUGAAAUAAACAAGUUUCUGAUUGGGCUUGAGCUUGUUCAGGAGAGACAGCUGCAGAUAGAAGCUCAUGUCUCAAAGCCUGAGGACGACACAAACUGCUCAGUGUCCUCAAUAGAAGAAGAUUUCCUCACAGCAUCUGAGCAUCUCGAGGAGGAAAAUGAGGCUGAUGAAUAUAAAACUGCAGCCCAUGAAAAAAUAAGUGUUUCAGAAACAUCUUCUGAUAUCAGAAAAAAUAAAGGAAAAGGAUUUGAAAGUCUCCACUACAGAAAAGCCAGGUUACCAUUAAUUCUUGAAGGGAAUUGCAUUAAUGAAGAUAAUACAGCUAGUAAAGUCUCUGAAGCUGUGCAUAUUGUGGCAGAAGAUGGCAUCUCACAACCUCAAGAUAAGCCAGAGCAGGAAAUCCUGUGUCAGAAGGAAUUAGUGGGAAGAGCUACAUCAUCUCUCAGUACUGAGGAUUUGACUAACAACGCUGAAAAUUCCUGCUCAGUGAAUGUGUUAGAUGUAUCUUUAACCAAAAUGGCUAAAGAGGAGCUGGGGCCUCUUUAUGACUCUACAGCAAAACCCAGCAGUAAGGCAGAGGUAGAGGAUUGUGCAGGUGUUAGGAAAAGCGACCCUCCUGUGCAAAACAAGCAAGCAGCUACAGGUCAGUAUGCUACAAAUCUAGCAGAAUCUGUUCUGCAAGAUGCAUUCAUUAGACUAUCACAGUCUCAACCCACUUUCAGUGAGGAGGCUGCAGUCAGCAUCUCUGUAGGAGGCUCCUGCAAGUCAAAAGAUGCAUCUGCUUCUCGAUCAUGGAAUGAACUUCCAAAGAUUGUCAUAGUGCAAAGUCCAGACAGCAGUGAGAAUGUGCCAGACUGGCCAGGGUCUGCCUUCCCAAACCUGUGCCACUGGACUGAAACAGAAAGCUCUGAAGUUUCAGAUUACUUUGAAGAAGACCAUUCAAACAGACACAGCCAGAGUGCACUGGAGAUGGCUCUGGCUUGUGCAGCAACUGUCAUUGGAACCAUUUCAAGUCCCCAGGCAGCAGAAAAAUUCAGAAGAGAUCAAGAAGCUGCAGACUCUAAAAGCGAAACAGUCGAUAACGAAGAUCUACACACAGAUUCUUCACAGCUACUUGAAGACUGUACUAGCACAGAAUAUUCAUUCCCAUCUGCACUGUGUGGCAUGACUCAAGUAGCAAGUGCUGUAGCAGUCUGUGGUCUGGGAGAAACAAAGGAAGAGAAGUACCCUGCAACUUCAAGUGGGCUGCUGUCUGCAGCUCAGACUUCUGCAGCCAUUACUCUUCAUUGUAGUAUAGCUGUAGGAAGCAGCAUGGAAAAGCUGAAUGACAGCAUUGCGGAGGCUCUUCUCAAAGAGGCAUCAAUAAUUUUGACGAAACCCAAUACAUACAAAAAUGUAGGGCAUUUUAUGGAAUCCAUAAAUGGAAGAAUUAUUGAAACAGCAGCAAGGCCACGGAUUCCACACUCCGAUGAAGUAAUCAGAGAUGAACUGGCACAAAAUUUAUCCAAUAUUAUUCUACGACAUUCUAUUGAAGAGGUCAGGAAGAAAAGAGAGCUACAGUCCCGUUCAGAAAACAGCUCAAGUACACAAGACAUUUUCAUGGAGACUGCCAAUGAGUUGCUUUUUAACGUGAUAUAUUUCACUUGCAAGAAGAUGAAUGACAUAAGACAAGUUGAAGAGUGUUCUCCUCUCUUUUCUGAAAGCCUGAAAGGCAAAAAGGUAACCAGAGUAGAAGAAUGGCCAACACAGGCAACAGCAUGUGAAACAUCACACAGACCCCUUGAUCAUUCUGCUAUUAAGCCAUUUGGUACAUCCUACAAUGCUAGCAAAGAUACUGAAAAUGGUAUCCACAUGAAGAAAAUUAGCAUGAGAGAUGUAAAUAGCAAUGAAGAUGCCACCGUGAAUUCAGAGCUAACAAGUAAAGCCAUUGGGCAUAAUGCACUUGUUGCAAAAACAUCUCCCAAGAAAAGAUACCUGAAAAGAACCACACGAGACUGUUACAAAUCCCCAAAUCAGAGUAACAUUCAGAAGAAGAGAGACUACAGAUCUUUUUCAGACAGAGAAAGUACCUUUGCAAACAAUGAAUGCAGGCAUGGUGUUCAAGAACAACUGUCUUCCAGUGUUGUUGUGAAUGCAGAAAACCAGGCCAAACGUAAGUGUGAUACUGUGCUAAGUGAUGAAGUCCAAGUUAGCUUAUCUUUGUUAGGAAACCAUGUCUUACUUCCUUCUCAACCCGUACUACAAGUGAAAAAUUCAAGAGACAAAUACUGCAUAACAGAUUUUGCAGAAGAACUGGCAGAAACAGUAGUCUCUAUGGCAACAGAAAUAGCUGCCAUUUGUCUUGAAAAUUCAAAUGGAAAGCAGCCCUGGUUCUGUGCAUGGAAGAGAGGCAAUGAGUAUCUGGUGACCCAGAGUAUAUCAUGCAGAACUAUGAAAAGGAAAAAGGAAACCCAUGCUAAUGGCUCAGUUGUUCGGAAGCACAGGGCACCUCGACUUAGUGAGAUCAAAAGAAAGACAGAUGAGCAUCCUGAGCUAAAGGAAAGGUUGAUGAAUCGAGUAGUAGAUGAAUCUAUAAACCUUGAGGACACACCAGAUUCUGUCAAUAUCUUUGCAAAUGAAGUGGCUGCAAAGAUCAUGAACCUCACUGAACUCUCCGUGGUCGACAGCAUCUGGCAAGGUCCAAACCAUCCCAGGAACAGGCUGCACUGUGAAAGAUGGAGCCGAGCCAAAGCCUCAAGCUGUGAGAGCAUACCAGAGGAGGAUACGGAUUCCAAAGCCUCUGUCAAUACUCUAGGCCUAAUGAACGCCUUUGGUCAGCCUGUGAGCCAGACAAGUUCUGUCUCAAAGCAAUCUAGUUGUGAAAGCAUUACAGAUGAGUUUUCAAGAUUUAUGGUGAACCAAAUGGAAAAUGAAGGAAGAGGCUUUGAUUUAUUACUAGAUUAUUAUGCAGGAAAAAAUGCAAACAACAUCUUGACUUCUGCUUUGCAACAGGUUGCUAAGAAAAACGGUCAUCUUAACGUACGACCAAGUUGCCCAUCCAAGCAGUCCAGCACAGAAAGCAUAACAGAAGAAUUUUACAGGUACAUGCUAAAAGAAAUAGAAAAGGAAAAUAAAGAUAAUGCAUCUUCCCCUCGGAAUUCAAAGGACUGGUCUGGCAGUUUGCUACCACCCUCCCUGAGAUCACCUUUUUGCUUUAGACAGUCCUCAGUGCCCGAUGGCAGAUCAUCAGGUUCUAGACUGACAGUUAACAUCCCAGUCAAAGCAAAUUCAUUAGACGGAUUUGCCCAGCAUCACCAGGAUUCCUUAAGCGUACAGCCAGUCAGUACCGUGGCUUCUUCAGGUCUUUGCAAGUCUGACUCAUGCCUGUACCAAAGAUGCAAGACUGACCAGAUAACAGAUAUGUUGAUUCACGAGACGUGGGCAAGCUCUAUUGAAUCUCUAAUGCGCAAAAACAAGAUCAUUACAGAUGAGGCAGAGGUUGCAGAGGUAGAUCAUUUUCACAGUGAUUCCCCACCACAUGUGCAACAGUACGCAAACAGACUGGCUGCAAAUAUUGUUGAAAGUGGUAAAAAUUUAAUUGUUGUCCAGCAGGAUGCCUUUGGUUCUGCAAGCCAAGAACACAUACUGGAAAGCAAACAUCCCCAGAGUGCAACUCAGAUUCAAGUAGAACCCAAAAGGGAUGAAAUAAAUUUGGAUGAGCAGAAGCACAUGAAGAACCCUGAAUGCCUCCCUGCAGGUCAGCACAGGGAAGUGCCUUUAAUUCAGAUAGAAACUGAUCAACGAGAUGAGUCAGAUAAAGACUCUGAGUCCUUAACUCUACAUGAACUUUCUGAAAGGGAGCAUCAAGGCAAGGAAAAGCCUCCAGAAGCUUAUACUGGGAAGCACAUGGUUUCCAGUACCCUACUAAAUAGCAAAAGCACUCAGAGCAAACCAGAUGCUGAAAUCACAAGAGAGACAAAAGCAGCUGAAGAAUUUCCAGUACACCUCAGCAGCAGUGAAGAAAGCACUGGCAGCUGGUCCCAGCUAGCCAAUGAUGAAGACAAUCCUGAUGACACGAGUAGCUACUUACAACUCAGCGAACGAUCUCUGAGCAAUGGCAACAGCAGUACAACUAGCAGUCUUGGCAUUAUGGACCUGGAAAUUUAUCAGGAAAACAUGCCACCUUCUCCUAUGAUUACUGACUUAGCAGAAGAAAAAGUUUUUCUUAAAGAACAGACAGAUAAUACAGAGGAAAGUACUUCUGGGCUCUCAGUGGGAACAGCCAAUUACCAGAAAGAACUCCUGGUGAUUAAUUUUGACCUGGAACCAGAAUGCCCCAACGCAGAGCUGCGAGCCACCCUACAGUGGAUAGCUGCUUCUGAACUUGGAAUCCCAACCAUCUAUUUUAAAAAAUCUCAGGAAAACAGAAUUGAAAAGGUAGUUUUUACAGAAUUGGACGUAUUUCAUUUUAGUCACAGUAGCAACAUCCUGCUCACAAAGAAACAAAAUUGCCCCUGACAGGAUCUUGGUGGUAGCAGGUGAAGUAUUCAUGAGUGGGCUAACAGUCAUAUACAGAAAGAAAAGUCAAACUCACCCAACUGGCAAAGGGAUCUGUAACACUCCUUCUCAAGGAGCAGCAUAGAUCCAAGAGAUACUUUCCCUUCAGUGGCUGAUCCUUACAUGAUCCCAGGCUGACUCCACCCUGGGUAUACCCCCGCUGAUGUGUAAGGAACACAGGUGCAAACAACUUGCUUGUGCUCCCUGCACCAGCCACACCUCUUCACCAGGUGCUCAAUCAGCAGUUCAAGCCAUGAUCCAACAGUUCCCCUGCCAGCAACUGACUUAUUGAAGUUACUGAGCUUAGAAGCAGAUGUGAAGUCUUCAUCACAGCAAGAUGGAAAUACUACUGCUUAUUAUAAAAAGAGAGAAUACAUCAGGAUAUAAGGUUUAUAGAAUUGUAGAAUUAUAGAAUGGCUUGAGUAGGAAGGGACCUUAUAGCAC